CUAAAUAUUCUUCCAAAGUCUUUCUCCUUUCGAAGAGCUAGUACUGUUAAUCUUUCAACUGCAAUCAGCUAGGAGGUUGGGAUGGAGAAGUCAAAUACCUGUCACUCGAUGUCCGCGUCUUCAAGCCACUCAAGUAACACCAGCACGCCAUCCAGCUCUCUGUCAGCUGGUAUCGAAGGCCACCACGAUAAAUCGGAGCCGCGCAUCGGAAUCUCAUUAGUUGACCAAGGAAACUUCAUCGACCUCACUACGAGCUCAAAUUUACGCGCAUAUAUCCACACUGGAUACCUGUCUUCUGAUUUUAGUCCAGUUUCUCUAGUCACUCCUGGCUACGAAUACGAGUUGGACGAUAUAUCUGGAAGCCCACCACCUUCUUCCUCUCCGAUUCAAGAACCUCUUUCAUACGAAGACGAAAAUGAGGAGACGACCUCUCAUUCCUCUUCUGGCUCUUGCAUAUAUCCCCCGGGUUCCAUUGCUCAUGCUGGAGCGGAGUCUGCGCAUAUUUUGGACUGCCUAAGAACCAACCAGACCUUGAGCACAGAAAAGUCACUAUCAAGAUCCCAAUCGAUCGUCGGCAACUCGAGCGAAGGACGUUUUCAUAACUACGGAACUCUUCCACUCGAGGACCUAGGAGAAAAUGUGGAGGAGGAACCUCCGACAAAGAGAGCCAGGACCGGUUAUCUAGCCAGUGAUCGUCCUGAUCUACUCAAGAUACGGACUCAUUUUUUGGCAAAGGAGCCAGCCAGUCUACGCAGAGCCCAGUCUCUUGUUUCACAAACUUCUACUGACAGGGACGACGAGGGCGUGGUCAAGCUUUUGGACGGGUCAAACCCUUCAACUGGAUCGCUUCGCCCAACCAUCUUGUACCGAACAACUCAGCUUGAUUCACUUAUAUGCCCCCCUACUGUGCCAGCCACACCUCUUCCUGACACAGUUGGCUAUUUACGUGCAAAGAGAAACCCUCUUUUACGUACUCCUGCCGUCCGUGCGCCCGCUAAACAAUCACCGAAGAUACCACCUGUCCCCAUCAUUGCGCCUCCCAGGUCUCCUAGCCCUUUCAUUAUCAAGUGUGAGGAAGAUCGGGCAGGCGAUCGGAUCAAGAUUCUUCUCACGAAAGAAAGAGAAGAGCGUAAAAGCGAUGGCCUGGACCUUCUUCAAAUUCCUGAUGACUGCUCUACCCGAAGCGAGAGUGAGAGCUCCGUAUCCGACGACGAAUACUGGACCGACGAGAGCUCGCUUUCUGCCUCUGAAUCUGAAUCCGUAGCGAGUCGAAGCUCGGGUCCAUCUCUAGGCACAGGAAAGUCUCAAAGUCGCGAACGAUGGUCAAGGGCGCUCGGACUCGAUUAUUGCUUCCGCGAAGAAGUCGUUAGUUGGAUGUUGGAUGUCCUCCCGAACAUCCCUCCAAUGAAAAAAGACUGUGUCGAAAUCGAUGACCUUUUUGAUCAACUAGACACCUGUCGAAAUACGAGGUUUCACGCGGUUCAUCUCUUUUACAGAUAUUUCUUCCGUGUUGCAGACAAGAAACCAAGUAUCAACGUGUCAGCGAUCGCGUCGCCCGCCCGAUCUUUAAGAGGGCGCAAUGACUCGUCGACGAAUAGGAAGGCAUCGAGUUCGGAAGAUAGCAGUGACGAAUCUACUGGCGAAGACUCGGACGACGAAUUAGAUGCUGGAUCUGAUGAUACAGUCGUAGUGAAAGGAGAACAGGUAAGUGGAUACGAGUCCGAGUCAGAUAAUUGGCAGGACGGUCAGGAGGCGGUUAUAUGGGAUACCGCUCUUGGAUCAUUAGCACUAUGCGUCAAGUUUCAUCGUGACUUCUUGGGCCCACUUAGUCCUGUAUACGCGUAUGAAUUCUUGGACCUAGCACGGCAUACCAUAUCGUAUCAGGACCUCGAGGUUUCGCAACGCGAUAUACUUUCCGCUUGCGAUUUCAGUCUUGGUAGUAUCACACCACAAGGUCUCAUGGAUGAACUCUGGCUAGCUUUACCUACGUUACGGAAAGCUACAGAACCUGUGAAGGAUGGCUGGAAAUCGGUCCAAGUUGAAAUAUGGAACAGGCUGUUCGAUGCCUUGACAGAACCUGACGUCCUGCAGUUUCCUGUUUCGCUGCUAACGGCCUCUGCCCUGCUCGACGGUCUCAUCAUCGCCAUCGCUCUCCAUUACACAGCUGAAGCAGAUAUGGAAAAAUCGCGUUUCCAACGGAACUCUGGGUGUCGUUGCCCUGCGCCGUCAACUUGCAUGCCAGAAAACACAACCAAGCAAGUUCCCUGGCGAGUAUAUGUAUCCAAGGCGAUGGAUACGGUGAAGGAUGUCGUUCUGGAUGUAACGGAUGUUCUUCAAAUACGUGACGAUGAUUUGGAGCGCUGUAGGGCAUGGAUGAUCCAGGUUGGAUGUGAAUAGUUUUGUUUUACCUUCGUUUUCCUCACAUCCAAUUUUCCUAUAUUACAUCGAUGAAUCUUGUUGCUUGCAAUCCUGACGCAUGUACACUAUAAUUACAAGAUCGCGGAAAGGGUGACUUACGCUUGACUCGGCAC